GGUCGCCCUGCCGAUGUCAAAAAUACAAACCACUAGCUUCCAUCAACAGAUUAAAUUUCUUUUCUUGGGUACAAGACAUGAAAUGAAGAUUUCAAGCAACUGCAGAUUUCAGUUUACCAAAAGAUAAUUAACGUCGAAAGACCCAGACAAAGAUCUCAACUUUUUUUUUUUACCAAGGAAACUCUGGAAAUCAAGUACCACCACGACCUCGCGAUAUCAUAAUCGAUUUUCAAAGAAUCAUAUCAUAUCUCGAUAAUUAUUCCUCCAUAUCCACUUGGACCAAUCUCUUAAGCCCAGUUGGCUCAGAGAUAUUUUGCAGUGAAAAUACAACGCAGAUAGCUGUGGAAGGAAGCCAUAGCUUGUCAAUAUGGAUUCAAACACCAAGAGAAACCCAAAAACUCACAUGGUGGAGGUCGACUUCGAGUCGCACGCUGAAGCCGAGACUCUCGACAUCUCGCACGUAAAAUUAAGCAACACAUAUCCGAAACCAGGAUCAACUGGUAAAUCACCACGCUUAACCUUCGGUGUGGAAUUGGAGAUUGCUGUUGGUACUUUAAGGGACAUAUGCGAAAACCCAACACCAAAAGAUCUUCGUCGAGUCUAUGGAGUAGGUCGUCCUGCCAACUCAGCUCCAUUGAAACAUGAUCCAAGACCAGCGAACUUUGGCGAGAGUUCCGUCGCAGAACGCAUAUAUAGACUGGAGGGCCGUCUUUGUGUGUAUGAAAAUAUUGCACAAACCCUCAGCUGCGCUGGAUUUCCAGCUAUACAUAUGGAGGAUGCAGAAUACCAGAAAACUGGAUAUACUAAUGAAAUGACCAGCAAGUGGAUCAUUGGGACUGACAUCAGUAUUGACCUCCCAGAUGAGUCUAUCUAUGACUACCACAAGCUCGAAAUCAAAUCUCCAGUUUAUUAUUACAGCGAGGAAGCGCUAAACGAUGUUAAGAGAGUUUGGGAGAUCAUCGCUUCCACCUAUAAAGUCAUUACAAAUGAAUCGAUGGGAUUGCAUGUUCAUGUUGGUAACGGAGUUGAUGCAUUCGACGGCGAAACUUUAAGAAAUUUGUGGAGCAUUAUCUGGACUACAGAGAAAUGGAUCGAGACCAUUCACCCUCCCCAUCGCAGAAACAAUCCAUUCUGUCAAAGCUUCCAUCGCUGUUCUAACUUGGGACGCGAGAUUGGAGAAAAAUCGCUCAAAGACCCAGAAGGAGAGGUACUCGAUUGGAUUUUAACCAGAACACCUCCCACAGUGCGUGAAUUCCUCGACACUAUCUGCAUGCAGAGCGGUGCCUACAACUUCGUCAAUCUACAACCGAGUCAGAACGUCGGAAGUACCAAGCGUACGAUUGAGUUUCGCCAGCAUGAAGCAACACUCGAUACGGAAAGAAUAACACAAUGGAUUAGAGUAUGCGUAGGAUUAGUCAAAGCAUCUGCAGCUGCAGAUCCCGCAGUAUUGGACCCGUAUCUGCGGCUAUUGGUCCAGACAAAGAGAGAAAAGCUUCGUGUAUGGGAAAUUUUGAAGGAGUCUGGGCUUGAGACUCCAGGAAUUUAUUACAAGGCUCGGAUGUUAAGAGAGAGACCGGUGGGAAUUGUAGUCAAGGAGUUGUGGGAGAAGACAACGAGAUUUGCCAAGAGAUAAAAGUUGUUUCUCUCAUGAGAGAUAUGGAGCCUCACACUGUACCCUGAAAUCAUCCGCUGCACAUCAAGCAGUCAAUUUUCAGCUUUCGAAGCAGCCUCAAAUUGUCCUGAAAUAAUCGACUCCACCUCAGACUAGACUUUCGGCAUACAACAUUCUAUAGGAUCGCGAAUAAUACAAUGGAAUCAUCAGCUUCAUUUCAGAUAUUCGACAAUCAACAAUGACCUUCCUUUUCGAGAGCUGAAUGCCAAUCUUCGUGCACCGUCAUCUCAGUCAAGCUUCUAUACUCCAAAUCGCAUUCGGACAUUCAGCAUACAGCAUUCGAAGAAGUCUGCACUAGUAUUGAAAUCCUUUAGAAGAACCUCAAGAACUCAGAAUUCAAGUUCAGGUUGAUAUAAAAUGCAAGGAAUCCAUCGGAUGGGGGGCCAGGAAUGCAUGAUAAUUGUAGGAUUAGUUAGUCUGAUGUCGUUGGAACA